GCGCAAAAGAGCAGGGUCACCUUUGUGUAACAUAUGCAUGCAUGGGGAUCCACGUCCACUCUGUCGAUAUGAACUUACUUCCUCACUUCCCUUGCCUCCAUUACUCAAUUAGUCACUUCUAUUUAAGAUUAACCCUUGGUGAGAUCUCAAUAACAGUCUUCACCCUCUCUUGAUCUCAAACACACAUAUUUGUUCAGAAAAUGAAGCAGGGAAAUCUCCUGAUACAAGUGUUCUUAUUGGCUUAUUGCUUCGGCUCUGUUUGUGUGAUAAACGCAGAGGACCCUUAUCGUUUCUUCACGUGGACUGUUACUUAUGGAACAAGAUCUCCUUUAGGUGUUCCACAACAGGUUAUUCUUAUCAAUGGCCAGUUCCCUGGUCCUCCAAUUGAAGGUGUAACAAACGAUAACAUCCUUGUUAAUCUAAUUAACAAGAUCGAUGAACCUUUACUCAUCACCUGGAACGGAAUAAAACAGAGGAGGAUGUCAUGGCAAGACGGAGUUUUGGGCACAAGCUGCCCAAUCCAACCAAACUCGAAUUGGACUUACCAUUUCCAGCUUAAGGACCAAAUCGGAACUUAUACGUACUUUGCGUCUACGUCGAUGCACAGAGCAAGUGGUGCUUUUGGUGCACUCAAUGUUAACCAGAGAUCAGUCAUCUUUGUUCCUUACCAUAAACCUGACGGUGACUUCACUCUCCUCGUCAGUGAUUGGUACAAGAUGGGCCAUAAGGCGCUACGAAAGAGGCUCGACUCUGGUCGUGCUCUUCCUCUUCCGGAUGGUCUUCUGAUAAAUGGUGCUUCUAAAGGUUUAGCCUUUACGGGUGAACAUGGCAAAUUUUACAGGUUUCGGAUAUCUAAUGUUGGAAUAUCGACAUCGAUUAACUUUAGGAUACAAGGACACAUGAUGACUCUCGUCGAAGUAGAAGGCUCUCACACUCUGGAAGAGGUCUAUGAGUCACUUGAUGUACACGUUGGUCAGUCCUUGACCGUUCUGGUCACAUUGAAGGCUCCGGUGAAAGACUAUUUCAUAGUGGCUUCAACCCGGUUUACCAAACCGGUAUUGACCACCUCAGCUAUCCUACAUUACAAAGGUUCAAAAACCAGACCAUCUCGCCCCCUCCCCAUUGGUCCUACUUACCAUAUCCACUGGUCCAUGAAACAAGCAAGAACUAUCAGGUUAAAUUUGACGGCUAAUGCAGCAAGGCCUAACCCACAGGGAGCGUUUCACUAUGGUACCAUACCGAUAAGUCAAACUUUGGUUCUAGCUAACGCGAGAACAAAGAUCAACGGGAAACUCCGGUACACAGUGAACCGUGUGUCAUACGUUAACCCAACAACUCCAUUAAAAUUAGCCGACUGGUACAAUAUUCCUGGAGUGUUCGAUUUCAAGACCAUUAAGAACAUUCCUACACCAGGACCAUCUAUUCUCGGAACCUCGGUUUUAGACUUUGCUCUUCAUGAGUAUGUUGAGUUCGUGUUCCAGAACAACGAGAGAUCGAUCCAGUCUUGGCACAUUGAUGGCACUAAUGCUUAUGUUGUUGGAUACGGGACAGGCACAUGGAACGUGGCCAUGAGGAAACGUUACAAUUACGUUGAUGCGGUUUCAAGGCAUACUUUUCAGGUAUAUCCAAUGUCCUGGACGAGCGUACUGGCAUCAUUGGACAAUAAAGGCAUGUGGAAUGUGAGGUCACAAAUAUGGUCAAGAAGAUAUUUAGGACAAGAACUCUAUGUUCGUGUCUGGAACAACGAGAGAUCUCUUUACACUGAAGCCGAACCGCCUCUUAACGCUCUCUAUUGUGGAAAAGCCAAACGUCCCGUUUGAUUUAAAUAAAAUUAUCGUUUUUUUGUUUUGCUUUUCUUUUUUCUUUUCGUAUAAGUAUAUUUGAGGUUAUUAUUAAUUAUACCACGAGGGUGUGUGACGUUUAUAUAUAGCAGCCACUUCUUUCAGUUUCAGUGCUGCGUUUCAAGUCACGAUGGUGACGAGUGACGAGUGACGACUUGCAACUCAAUCAACAAAAAUGUACUCCUUAUGUUUUGGCAAAAAACUAAAAUAUACUCUCUCCAUUACUAAAUAUAAAAUGUUAAAAAUUUUGGAAAUUUCAAAAUAUAAAAUAUUCUCACAAUUUUUAGAUAAUUUUUUACUUUUAUCAGAAAUGGUGUAACCUAUUGAAACCAAUCUUAUGAUCCAAUUAAACCAUGUAACUAGGAUUUCUAAGCUUAUAUACGUGGUUAAGAGUCUGAUGAAUGUAACCUUGGCUGCAUAGUUGCAGCUACAUUAAACUUUUCUUAUGAUAAGAUAUUAAUAUAUUUAAUUCUUGGUGGCAACUCUCAAGCUUCUUCUCUUUAGUUUCUUUGUCAUUCAAUAAAACUCUAUGAGCUACUAGUCUUUCAAUA